AUGAGAUCAAAUUUGUUUUCUGAAUCUGUUAAAGUAAAUCUGGAUUAUGAAGCAAUGGAUUUAAACAUGGAUUCUGAAGCAAUUGAUUUAAACAUGGAUUCUGAAGCAAUGGAUUUAAACAUGGAUUCUGAAGCAAUGGAUUUAAACAUGGAUUCUGUAGCAAUGGAUUUAAACAUGGAUUCUGAAGCAAUGGAUUUAAACAUGGAUUCUGAAGCAUUGAAUUUAAAUAUGGAUUCUGAAUCAGUUGAAAUAAGUUUGGAUUUUCAAGCAACUAAAUCUAAUACGUUUUCUGAAUUACUUAAAUCAAAUGUGAAAUAUAACGGAACAUGUGAACUGGAAAAAUCUAAUUUGUAUGAUUCAAUCGAAGCUGAUCCAGAUUAUAGAAAUACUUUCAGCGACACUAAAAUGAAACAAAUACACAUGCAGAAAAACAAAAGAUUUAAAGAAUUUGUAGAUAAAAGCAUGAUUGUAGAAACUGACAAUACACAACUUGAUUGUAAUGGUAAUUUUAUUAUAGACAUUGAACAAGAGAAUAAUGGGUUAAAGCUGUAUAGUCACAAGAACAAAGGUACAAUAACCGAAAACAGUAUAGAGGUUAGCCAUGUUAGAAGAUCAGUUGAUAGAAAUUUUGAAGUCCAAGGUAGUUUUCACCAAGGAGAUAUCCGAUUUGGAAUUAACAGUGGGAAACAAUGUGUUGCAAACUGUUUAUCAGCUCUUGCUCACAGUAAAUUUAAAAGUUUAAAGGAUUGGGAUCAGAUGUAUAUAGAUAAUGUUUUGAUCAAGGGAAACCAAAUAUACAGCAAUAUCCAUGGUGACAAUGUUCAUCUCCUUGUAUCAGACCUACCUGGAAUGAUAGAAAUGUCAGGAAAAUUACUGAAAAUAUCAAGAAAAGAAUCAAUAACAGCUGUCAUUGAUAACUAUGGAACUUUAGAUUUUAGUGAAUUUGGAAACUCUUUGCCUUUAGACCAAGCUUUACAAGAAUCUCUAAUUGACUAUGAUGCUUGCUUUAUAUGUGCAUAUGAUACAACAUUCUUAGCCUUGAAACACAAUCAAGAUUUACUUUUGUUUGAUUCCCAUGCACGAAACAAGUUUGGCUUACAGGACAGUGAUGGUAAAAGUUUACUUUUAAAAUUAAACAAUCUAGAUCAUCUUUAUCAAUAUUGUUGCAACAUGAUGGCUGGAUCAAGCCAAAAUCAAUGGUAUGAGGUAACAGGAGUCAGUAUUUGUAUUGAAAACUGCACUGACAGUAAUGAACUUUUAGAAAGUUAUAACCAAGCUAGCACCAGCAACACUCAAAUUUCAGAAAAUCCAAAAAAGGAAAACAAAAGCAGCCAUGAGAUUAUCAAAACUCCAGAAAUUUUAAUUAUGAAUGACCACAUUUCACCAGAAAAAUUCAUAACUAACAUAAGCUGUAAAGAAAGUAUUGUCACUGAGAAAAAUAAAGUAGUACACAUUGAUGAGGGUAUUACAGAUAAUGAAUCUGAUGUUGAAAUUUUGUCAACAAUAAAUAAUUGUUAUGAUUUCAAACCUCUGAAAACAGAUUCAAAGAGGAAGCUCUGUAUUAUCGCCAAGAUACCAACCAAGACAAUAUCCAAAAAGAUUACACCAAACAUACAUAACAUGGGACCACCAUCUGCUACAAAGACUAUCACAGGUGAUGGUAAUUGUCUUUUUAGAGCCAUUUCAUAUGCAAUAUCUAAUAGACAAGAAUUCUUUGGAAAUGUAAGAAAGGUAAUAGUUGAUCAUUUGAUGACAAAUACAGAAAUAUUCAGGUCAUUUUUACAGCCACGUUUUAUAACGGUAGAACAACAUAUACAAACACUGAAAAUGAAAGAAAAACAUGUAUGGGGAACUGAACUGGAAAUAUUAGCUUGUGCUGACCUUCUUAAAACAGACAUUUAUACUUUUUAUAAUGGUACAUGGAUUAAGUAUUCUUCAUCUCAAAUAAACAGCAAUAAUUGUGUUAAUGAUCAGGCAAUUUAUCUUCAACAUAAAGGAGAUAUAAAUCAUUAUGAAGUCGUCACAAAUGUUACUCAAAAAUCACUCUCUCCAAAUCCAUUACAAUAUAGACAAAGUUAUGCAGAAAAGUAUCAAGUUGAUAGAAAAUCUGAGGUCACUUCUAAGAAAAUGAAAGUUGAUGAAAACCAGACAACUGGCUCGAUUUACAAUUUGGGCGACUGCAAUACUGAAUCAAAAGGUUUAUCUAAAGCUGAAAAAGAAAGGAUCAAGUACUGGACAGAUGACACAUUUAGAGCUAGAAAAACUAAUACAUUAAAAAGAAAAUACUGGGAGAAUGAAGGAAUACGUUCCAAAAAAUUAUGUUUAGGCAUUAAAAAAUACAAAGAAAAUGAGACAUACAGAUUGAAUUUAAUACAAGCAGGUAUUCAAAAAUAUCAAGACGAUGAAGAAUACAGGGAUGCUUUAAUAGAAUCAGGAAUUUAUAAGUAUCAAGAAGACAAGGGUUACAAAGAUGCUUUAAUACAAUCAGGAAUUAAUAAAUAUAAGGAAGACCAGGUUUACAGAGAUGCUUUAAUACAAUCAGGAAUUCAAAAAUAUCAAGAAGAUCCUGAGUACAGAGAAACUUUGAAACAAGCUAGUAUAGAAAAGUAUAAAUCAGAUGAUAAGCACAAGGAACAUGUUAAACAAACAAGUAUACACAAGUAUAAAGCAGAUGAAAAUCACAAGGAACAUGUAAAAAAAGCAAGUAUACAAAAGUAUAAAGAGGACGAAAGUCACAAGGAACAUGUGAAACAAGCCAGUAUACAAAAGUAUAAAAAAGACGAAAGUCAUAAGGAACAUGUGAAACAAGCAAUUACAACAGAUAAAUACCAACACAAAUGUACAGAUGAUUGCAAGACAAAUUGUGCUUUUGAAGGAACAUGUAGAACAAGUUUGUGGAUCUGUUAUACUUGUCAUCGUAAAAUGUUGAAAGGUAAAAUACCUGCUGAUUCCUUUUCAAAUAGUCUAUUACUAGAAAAUGUUCCAGUAGAGUUAAAACAGCUUAAUUCAAUUGAGCAACAACUUAUUGCCCAGAACAUUCCUUUUAUGAAAAUAAUGGCUUUACCAAAAGGAGGACAAAAAGGUGUUCAUGGACCUGUAGUGUGUGUGCCAUCUGAUUUGAAAAAAGUAACUUCCACAUUACCCAGAUCUGAAAAUGAAAGUCUAUUACUGAAAGUUAAGUUAAAGAGAAAGCUAAGCUACAAAGGAUAUGACAAAUAUCAAUUUGUAAGACCAAACCAUUUAGAGCAAGCUCUUUUGUAUUUAAAAGAUCAAAACAUAUGGUAUAAAGAUGUGGCUAUCAACAAUGAAUGGAUUAAUCCAAUUCCUGAAUUAAAUGAUGAUCAAGUAGAAAAGGAUGAAUCUGAAUCUGAUCAUACUGAGCUAGUGAGGGAAAAUAAAAAAGAGGAAGAAAAAACUAAAACAACGUCCUCUACAACAGGCAAUGAAAAAGAAAUUGAAAGCGAACCUGUUAGCUACAUUGAUGAUAGAUUACGUGGUGUUCAGUUAGAUACUUGUUUACAACCUGCUGAUAUUGGACAAGAGGCUUUAGAUUUAUGCUUUGACCAAGUUUUUAACCUUGCUCCAGCAGAAAAUAACAGUCCUCUUAGUGUUCUCCAAGAAUCAGGAAUUGAAGCUAAAACUUUUCCUGUACAUUUUCCAACAGGAAAAAAUACAUUUGAUGAAAUCCGUGAUGAAAAACUGACCAUUGGAAGGUACUUUAAUCUUCGAUUGAUGAGUGUUGAAAACAGGUUUGCAAGGGAUACAUCCUACAUAUUUUUCAGUCAAUAUUUAACAGAACUCAACAGUGUGAUUUCAAAUGUACAGAUAUCUCUCAGAAAAGAAUGCCCUUUUUCUAAAGAGGGAAAGAAAGUUACUGGAGAAAUGCUGUGCAAUAAGGAAACCUUGAAAGAGCUGUUUAAAAAAGAUGAAGCUAUUAAGUAUUUAAAACCUAUUAGAGGAACUCCCCCAUACUGGCAAAGUUCACAGAAAGAUAUAUUUGCAAUGAUCAGACAGUUAGGUGUGCCAACAUUCUUCUGUUCUUUUUCAUCAGCAGACUUCAGAUGGUCAGAAAUUGUUAAUACAAUAUUAAAACAACAGGGUGACAUGAGAAAUACGGAAAAUAUGACAUGGGAUGAAAAAUGUAAAGUUCUUUGUAGCAAUCCUGUUACAGCAGCAAGAAUGUUUAAUCAUAGAUUUAAUACAUUUCUAAAGGAUGUUAUCAUGUCAGAAGCUGAACCAAUAGGGAAAAUAAUUGACUAUUUUUACAGAGUUGAGUUUCAGCAAAGAGGUUCUCCUCACACCCAUUGUUUGUUUUGGGUAGAAAAUGCUCCAAAAUAUGGUGAAGAUGACAAUGAAGAAGUUAUGAGUUUUAUUGACAAGUAUGUUACAUGUGAGAUACCAGAUGAAAAUGUAGAUAAAGAAUUACAUGACAUUGUUAUGGAAGUACACCAACACAGCAAAAAUCAUUCAAAAACCUGUAAGAAAAAAGGAACAGUAUGUCGUUUUAAUUUUCCAAGACCUCCUUCAACUAAAACAUUCAUCUCUGAACCAAGUAAACCAGAUAAUGAAAAUAAAAAGGACGAAAAAGUAGCAAAAGAAAUAUUGUCUGGCUUGUGGACAGUUAUAAAAGAGCAUGAAGAUAAAAACUUAGAUGUAUCUGAAAUUUUCAAAAAGACAGGUCUUACUCAAGAAAGCUUUGAAAAGUAUUUUCGUUUCAUCACCAAUCGAAACACAGUAGUUCUUAAACGUGAGCCAAAUGAAAUUUACACCAACCAGUAUAAUCCACAUCUUUUAAGGGCUUGGAAUGCAAACAUGGACAUACAAUAUAUUUUGGAUGCAUUUUCCUGUGUUGUAUACAUUAUAAGUUACAUAAGUAAAUCUGAGCGAGAACUAGGAUUACUCCUCCAACAAACCAAAAAUGAAGCUGAAGAAGGAAAUUUAAAUGCACAACAGACUAUGAAAAAAAUUGGAACUUCAUACUUACACCAUAGAGAGGUUAGUGCACAAGAAGCUGUUUUUAGAGUUACUGGAUUAAGAUUAAGAGAAUGUUCUAGAAAAGUAGAAUUUAUACCUGUUGGUGAAAAUCCAUGUAGAAUGAGCAUACCUCUGAAAGACCUAGAGAAACAACAAAGUUAUAAAUCUUCCAACAGAAAAAGGAGUAAUAGUGACAGUGCAGAUGAAAAUGAUGAUGAAAAUAAAAUAUGGAUGAACAAUUUAGUUGAUAGGUAUAAAGGUAGACCACACAUUGAUAUGUUUAUUAAAAUGUGCCUUGCAAGGUUCGGUUCUGAAUACAGUGUGUUAGGAGAGUCACAGUUACCCCAGAAAAUUAAUGAAGAAACAACCUUCAAACUUGAUGGCAACCUAGGACAUAUUAGAAAGCGCACAAGAACCUCACCGGCAGUUAUCAAAUAUCCACGUUUCUCACAGGAAACUUCACCUGAGAAAUACUUCCAAAGCAUUUUGCAACUCUUUUUACCAUACAGGCAUGAUGAACAGUUAAAACCUCCACUAUUUGAUACAUAUGAAAAUUUCUUCACUUGUGGUAGAGUUAAGUUUCCAGGGGAUAAUACUUUGACUUCUGUAAAGGAAUUUGUUAUCAAAAACAUGGCAGAUUUUGUGAAAACUGGUCAAGAGUUAGAGGACGCAGAAAAUCAAUUGCAUGAAAUAGAUCCAAAAGAAGAUGCAUGGUGUGAAUUAUGUCCAGAAUCAGAACUGAACAGAAGAGAAUGUAUUGAUGAAGGGAAAGUAACAAGUGUGAUUGAAGAAGAUUUGUCAGAAGCAACAAUACCCGAUUUGAAUAAUGAAAAGAGCUCAUCAUCUGUUGGAACUAAUCUGCUGUCAGUUGCCCUCACAAAAAAUGAAAUUAUCCCAAGACUCAGAAGUUUGAAUGUGAAGCAGAGACAAAUUCUCUAUAAAGUGAGAGAUUGGUGCAUUCAGAAAGCAAAUGGAAAAACACCAAAGCCUUUACAUGUAUUCAUUACAGGAGGAGCUGGAACGGGUAAAAGUCACUUGAUCAAGUGUAUACAAUAUGAAGCAACUAGAAUUUUAGCACAAACUUCAGAGAAUCCAGAUGAUCUCACAGUUCUAUUAACAGCUCCAACUGGAACAGCUGCAUUUAACAUCCACGGAUUGACAAUUCACAGUGCUCUCGGCAUUUUCAAAUCACUUUCACCUGACCACGCAACUCUAAGUGAAGACAAAAUUAAUUCGCUCCGAACUAAGUUAGAAAACUUACAGAUCUUGAUUAUUGAUGAAAUUUCAAUGGUCAACAAAAAGUUGUUGUUUUUCGUUCAUGAGAGACUCAGACAAGUGAAAAAAAGACCAGACAAUUGUUUAUUUGGAGGUGUCUCAGUAAUUGCAGUUGGUGAUUUUUAUCAGUUACCACCUGUUAGAACAAAAAGGGUAGACAAAUUGUAUGUAGAUGAUCCCUCGAAUCCUUCAAAUCAGUUAUGGAAUGGUUUGUUUGAAAUUGCUGAAUUAGACGAAAUAAUGCGUCAACGUGAGGAUGGUUUGUUUGCAAAACUAUUAAACAGACUGCGUGUAAAGCAGAAAAAUGAAAGUUUGUCAUACUCUGAUAAAGAUACUUUAAAACAAUGUAUUGGUGAUGGUCCUGAUGAAGUGUUACACAUAUACUCAACAAAUGCAGAGGUUGAUACUUUUAACAAGGAGAUGAUUUUGAAAUUGUGUACAGAAUCAAAAUUAAUUGAAGCAGAAGACUAUGAAAAAACAAAACAUCAGGAAAAUUGA